AUGUUCUCAUUGAUUUAUGCAGGGUGCGGGGAAGGGCGAGGAGGGACCCGCGGGGGCAGAGCCAGUGACGUGCCCACCCGCCGGAGACACUCGGCGCCGCGCUGGUUCCGGCGGCACAAGGCAGCCGGGGGCUCCUCAGGCAGCGCCCGCUCCGCCUCGCGCUCUCCCUCCCUCCGCCCGCCAUCCCGCCUUGUUCUCCGCUGGCCGGGCCGGGGCGGGGCCCCCCUCGCAGCUGCCACCCUGAAGUUUCUGGCCGUGCUCCUGGCCGCAGGGAUGCUCGCUUUCCUUGGUGCAAUCAUCUGCAUCAUCGCGAGCGUCCACCCUGCGGCCAGCCCCGCCGGAGCUCUCCGGGGUGCUGACAAUGACUCCAGCGCCGCCGCCGCCCUGCUGCCGGCCGCCGCCGCCGACAAGGGGCCGGGCGCUCUCCACGGUGCUGGGCAGAGCUUCUCGGGCGGCCCGCAGGACUCCCUGCUGGAGCUGCUCUCCGGCAGCGCCCGGCCCCGCCAGCAGCAGCAGCAGCAGCACCAGCCGCUCUUCAGCCGCUUCCUCUGCACGCCGCUGCCGGCCGAGUGCCCCUCCGACAGCCCCGCGCCGGGGGACGGCCCCGCGCCCGCCGAGGACCUCUUCUUCCUGCACGCCGCGGCCGAGCAGCUGAGGCAGACGGCGCUGCAGCAGAGGGACCAGAUCCUGAGCGACCAGGAGACCAUCCGCGAGCUGACGGGCAAGCUGAGCCAGUGCGAGAACGGGCUGGAGCUGAGCUUCCAGGACAGCGCCGCUCUCUGGGGCGGGCCCCGCAAAGACACCAUGGGCGACCUGCCCUGGGACUCGCCUGCCAUGGUCCAGGAGCUGGAGGAUGCUGUCCGGUCGCUGAAAGACAGGAUCGACAAGAUAGAGCAGGAGCUCCCAGCACGAGCCAACAUCUCCACCUCCUCCUCCCCUGUGCUGACCCGAGAUGUGCUCCACACCAAGAUGGAGGAGCUAGAGGAGCAGCUCCUCUCCAAGAUACUGUCUCUGGAGAAAGAACGCUCCUCCGUUACCAACAACAAUGACCAGCAGCAAGAAGAGGUGGAGAAGGAGCUGAGCGUUCUCCAGAGCCGGGUUUCUGAGUUGGAACAGGAGCACCCAGGGGCACAAGACUUUAACCCUCCAGAUGCCUACAAGGUGACCAUCCCCGUACGGACCAACUACAUGUACGCGCGCAUGAAGAAGAGCCUGCCGGAGCUUUUCGCCUUCACAGUCUGCAUGUGGCUGAAGUCCAAGGCCUCCUCAGGGCUGGGCACUCCUUUCUCCUAUUCUGCCCCCGGGCAAGCCAACGAGAUUGUGCUGAUGGAGUGGGGACACAGCCCCAUGGAGCUGCUCAUCAACGACAAGGUUGCCCAGCUGCCCCUGAAUCUGAAAGAUGGGACAUGGCACCACAUCUGCAUCGCUUGGACCACCCGGGAUGGCGUAUGGUGGGCAUAUGAGGACGGUGAGCAGCGUGGGUCCAGUGAGAACCUGGCUGCCUGGCAUCCCAUCAAACCUCACGGGGUGAUAAUCCUGGGCCAGGAGCAGGAUACGCUGGGAGGGCGAUUUGAUGCGACCCAGGCCUUCGUCGGCGAGAUAGCUCAGUUCAACAUAUGGGACCAUAUCCUGACACCCACCGAGAUCCUGGGCCUGGCCAACUGCACCUCUCACCUGAAAGGCAACGUGAUCCAGUGGGACGACGAACUAGUGGAGGUCCUUGGAGGCGCCACCAAGUGGAGCUUUGAGAUGUGUGAGGAGAGGAUGAAGGCAUGAGAAGCCCCCCCACCCACCCAUGGAAAGGAGCAUGACAGCAACUUCCCCUGCCUCCAUGCCACCUAAGGAAUGAGGCGUCAGGGAUCCCCUUUUUCCCAAAUAGAAACAUCUUGAGUUCUGAAUCCACUCGGGGAGGGAGGUGGGAGGGGCAAGAAAACCAUCUGAACUCAAAGAAAUUUGACGCUGUUUGUUUUAUUGUGCCAGUUAAGGCCUAUUUGACCCAUAACAAGUGAGUGGCAAGGUCCUCCACCAACCAUCCAUACAAUGGCACCACCAGGGGGCCGCUCUGGAUAGGGGAGCCAUAGGUACACUGGGAACUCCUGAGCCAACAUUUCUCCUCUCCUCACAUCCUGUUGCUAGCUUCGCCAGUCUGGCACGGGUACUGGGUGGAACUGCAAAGGCCGUAGAGCCUAGCUUGGGGGGCACUGGUCCUGGGGAAACCAUUGGCUGACUGGGAAUACCCAAGCUAAUAUUUCUCUGGUCACUCUAUGUUCCACUGGGAGUGUCACAGUGAUAAACCCUCCUCCAAAUAUUAGCUCCAUGGUCCUGCCAGCUGGGAUUCCCCUUGGAUUCCCCCCCGUCUCCUAUAGCUACCAACACCUGAGUUCCACAGAGGACUUAACAGGUUUUGUUCAUUUCCUCUUGCCACAAGUGGGCCAAACUCAUCCUGGGUAGAACUUAAUGCUUUAAGGCUGAGUUUCUCACAGCUGCCUAGGGGCAUUUGUAUGCUCAAAUCCAGUGGUUCUCAAACUUUUGUACUGGGGACCCCUUUCAUACAGCAAGCCUCUGAGUGCGACCCCUCAUAAAUUAAAAACACUUUUUUAUAUAUUUAACAUCAUUAUAAAUGCUGGAGGCAAAGCAGGGUUUAGGGUGGAGGCUGACAACUCGCAGCCCCCCCUGUAAUAACCUCACGACCCCCUGAGGGGUCCCGACCCCCAGUUUGAAAACCCCUGCUCAAAUCCCAUUUAGUUUGAGUUUUGACAUCCUGUAGACAGAUUUGAGAAACUCAGACUUAAUAUUCACUCAUAAAAAAGUCUUGUAGCCUCUGAACGAUGGGGGACAAGAACAAGCCCCUGAUCCAUUCUCAAAAGCUGUCCCAUUUCUGUUUCCUUUCUUAAAAUAGGAUUGUUCAUUCCCUCCACUCCUCUCAUGUCCCCUUUAAAUCACCUGAAAGGGAGACUGUCAACGGAAAACUCACAGGGCCAGAUUCAUUCCAUUGUCCCAGGCCCUGGUGGAGAGCUCACAGUGGGAAGAAGUCAGCCUAAAAUAGGGGGGAGGGUGAUGCAAGGAACUCCCUACCUGGGAUCAAUCCAGUCUCAGAAGUGAAUGGUGCUGUGUAGGGGAAGGGUGAAAGCAGGACUGGGUAACAGCUGGUGCAGCCUCAGUGUGCUGGAGCUGCCGGCAGACUGCAUGGAACCCAGACCCACACCCCGCCGUGGAGCACGCAGUGGGGGCACUAAUUGCCUUCUCCUGGAGGUGCACUCUCCCUUCAGCCUCAUACAAUUUGCAACUGCCUGCAGAAGCAGGGGGUAAAACUGUCCCAUAGACUUAAAACAAAAGCCCUUACUGUUACGCCUGCUAGCCCCUCCUAGUACUGAAGCCUACAGAGUUAGAACAUGCGAAGGGCUUGCAUACCCCAGAAAGGUUUGCUGGUUUAACUGUACCAGUAUAGUUAAAGUAGCAAACAAAACAAACUAACCCCGACUGUAGUGUGGAUGCAGUUAUACUGGUAUCAAAAUACUUAUACUGGUUUGGCUUAUUCUGGUUCAGGAAGCAGAAUAGGCUAUGCUUGUAUAAGGCACUUUAUACUGGUACAAGUAUAACUAUUUUGGUUAAAAAAAAUCACACACAUCCCCAUGCAACAUUGUUAUCCUGUAAAACAUUUAAAUGUAGACCAGGCCUUUGACUGGGAUUUGCAAAGGAGCCUAAGGGAGCCAGGCACUCAGCUCUCAUUGAAAUUCAAUAGGAUUUGGGCACAUAACUCCUUUAGGCUCUUCUGCAAAUCCCAGCCUGAUUGCCUUAUUCGUACUGAUGCAAUUUGUUUGCUUUUUGCAUGUCACUGAGCUGGGACCACAAAACAAGCCUAGUCAGUUUCACUUUCUGCUUUAGUUAGUUUCACUUCCUAAUUCCCAUACCCUAGCCUGAUGCUGUUGUGUUUGGAUUUCCAAUAGGCCAAUCCUCCUUGAAAAGCAUUGUUUUUUCCCCCAAUGCCCUGACAUUUGUCAUAGUAGAUUUUGUUAGGCCAUGCUUUUACCACACUUAAAUGCAGGGCCUAAAGCUACUUGACAGCAUUGCCUUCAACCUAUUACUGUCCCUACCCAUCAACCCCCUCCAAUCCCAGUCAAUCAAAUAUGUCUUACAUCCUCUCGGAAAGCAGGUAGUUACAGCCAAUAGGAUGGGUGGCAAAGCUAAUGCCAACUUUACUGAUACUUUUUUUAUGUAUAGCUAUAUUUAUAUAAUAUGACUCAAACUCUCAUCAGCAAGCCCUUUUUAUUGCUAAGAAUACAGUAAAUGCAAACACACACCCACACACAUUUAUAUUAUAUAGGGUGUGGUGAUAGCCACAUGAAAGAUGCAUUUAUCAGGCACUGUUGGCUUCCUCCCCUGCACUCUGCCCCAUAAGCCAUCUCCAUUAGAAAUACUUCUAACAUUCCAAACCUCUGAAGUGAUUUAAACAGCUGCCUUUAAAAACCAGCCAACCUGCCAAGAAAUGUUCCCUAAGUCUCCCUGCUCUAGAAUGUGCCCCUCACCAAAAUUACAAAGCUGGAGGCUCAGGAUGCCCACCCAUGGACAAAGGCCAAUAUCUUGGAACACACCAAAGUUAAAAUCAGAUGCUUUUACCACUGACAAGGAGUUUUUGUUUCCAGGUCUAAUAGAUCAGGAGGUAGCUUGACCUCAAAAUCAUGAUGUGACGGUGGAUUAGAAAGGUCUUUUAGAGGUUUUAAAAAAGCACAAGUUGACCUUUCCCAUUGGGCGGUAAAAAAGUAGAUGGAAACAGCAUAGGAGCUUUCUCUGCACUGGGGGAGAGGGACAGGGGAGCUGGGAGGCCGCACCGUUUGCUCAAGGCAGGGAGAGAAAGGGGAGUGCUCCCUCUGCUUUUAGCAGGGGGGAUGGAACUAUGCGCUGUCCUUUACUUUCACCCUGCCUUUGAGACAUGUACAGUUAGACUCCUGGUAUGCAGGGAAGAGGGAUACAAGGUAGUUCCAAUAAUGUUGUUAAAACCUCUCCGCCAUUUCUUAAAGCAUUUUUCUGUGGCCUAAACAGACUCUCGGAUGAGGUGGGGUGAUCUGAGUGUUCUAUUGGUACUGAAUUAGGAUGACCUGAAUAACUCGCUCAGAGCCGUGCCACCCAGGAAUAAUAUGGUCAUCCCAUGCUGAUCAAGCCUCUCUACCACACAAGCAUGCGUUCUCUUUCUAUGCUAUAUAUUUCAUCUACUGUGUGUAUGGAGAGAUUGAGCCAGAUUCAACUCUGGCUUAUGUUAAAGCAGCUCCACUGUAGUCAACUGAGUUUCAUUUGCACCAGGUCGAAAUCUGAUUGGCUGUAGCAUAGAAACUGGUGUGUUCUCUCUGAGCUAAUCAGAAUGCAGCUUUUCAAAGCCGGGAUUGCCACUGGGUGUUCCUUUGCUCAGCCUUCUUUCCCCACCCCUCAGCCAUGCAGGGAUUUAGGGUGGGCAUGUCCCACUUGCAGCCAGGACUGGGAAGCAUGCAGACAAAAAGCAAACAAUGAUCACAAAUCUUUCCCCCUAAAACAAGUUCAGGGCCUGAUUCUUCUCUCUCUGGCACCAGCCUGAUGUAAUUCCACUGACUUGACUGAAGUUGCUUUAGAUUGUCACUGGUAUAGUGAGAGAUGAAUUAGACCCUUUGGGGUUUGAAGGCUUCUUCUUGUAUUUUAUCUGACCUGAACACUUAGAUGCUGAGUCAGUAACCAGCUGUUCCCCUCUCUGCUGCUGGAAAGGCCUCAGUUACAGCCCUCGGUGGGAAAAAGCGAAGCAAGCCAUUACACCCUGGCCUCAGGGUUGCAACUGGAGUCUCUUCUGAAAUAGAGCCAAUAUGGUUCCUCUUUCCAUUUGGCCAACAACCUGCAUUUCCCCUCUUCACUGACUCCCCUUAGUAGGCUGGGGGCAGAGGGUAUUUUCCUUGGUGGGAGUGCUCAUGGUUGGCUGUUGCACCGGCUUUGCUAGACUCUGUGCUGCCCUCUGGUGGAGGAUCUUUGGGGCAGAAAAGGUUUGCAUAUCAAGGUCAAAGGCAGUUGGGAGUAGGGCAAGGGCUAGCAUGGCUGUGUUAGCGAGGGCACUGCUUUCCCGUGCUGCCUACCAAGUGGUGGGUGCCACCUCUGUAGUGAACAAACCAAAGGAAAGGGGGAAGAGGUGCUCCCUUGGGCAUGUUUCCCAGAUCAUGGUCAACAGCUGGUGGGGAGAUGACAUUAGAGAGCAAGAAGGAGAGUAGGUGGAAUCCAAGAUGAAUUCCCUGGGGCCAGAGUACAGAAAUGAAGGGAAAACAAUAGCCCAAGGGAUAGAUAGUCCAGUCCUGAGUAGUCAUACCUGCUCCAUAGCCCCUUUACCUGCUAAUCACAUGUGGAGGUAGCCUGCCUGUGCUUCUUAGCUGCUCAGCAUACCACAGCAGGUGUGGGGGGAAAGAGGAGUUGAUGAUGGACUUUCACCAGAGCACAGGGAAAGAGCCAGCACCCUUAGAGGGGAAGAGGCUUGGGGGUGGGGGUGGGGUGGAAAGCUGCUGAACUUGAAGCUGCGGGUGGGAGAGUUCAUUUUCCUUUGGAGUGCCUGAUCACUCAGUGUUUCCAAGGUGCGUGAAGCCACUGAUGUCUGCAUACAUGAUUGUGGGGGGGGGAGGUGGUAUUUUGGGGUUUUGUGAUUGCUUCUGUCGUGUUUUGCUUCCCCCUCCUCAAAACCUUCCACUUUCCGUGUCUGGUGGUUGCACCUGCUGGAUCUUUUCCCUGUUCUUGCUCAACUACACAGCAUGGGGAAGUGGGGGUGCAGGGGAGACAGACAAAUGCAUUGUUGUUUCCUGGAUUAUUCUAGUAUCUGUUCUUACUGGAUCCCCUGCCUCUCCUCUAGCUGCCCUAUGCUCACACUAAGAUGCAGCUAACCCCUGAUGGAGGGAGGGAUGUAUUGGGGGGGAGGGUCUCAAACACAAUCAUGUUCAAAUUGUAAAACACUGUGAUCUUCGUGCACCAUGACUGAGGGGGAAAAAACAACUACGCCAAGCCGUACGCGCUCGCUCUCUCUUUUGUACAUCCGUGACAUGAGAUUCCACGUGUGUGCGUGUGUAUAUGUAUCAUAUAUAUUUUUCUUUUGUAAAGCUGAUUGUGAACAAU